UCUUUGUGCUUUUAGGCUUUUAGCUCUGAGGGGUUUUCUUUUCGCUUUGUUUUGAGAGAGAGAAAAAGAAGAAAAGAGCGAGAAAGAGAGGAGAAAGGAUGUUGGUUCGUGUCUCUUUAUUUCGAGGGUCUUGAAAUGGGUUCUUUCUCGUUCUUCUCCUCGCCUAUAUUUGAAUGGGUCUUCUCUUGGAUUCUUCAAACCAAAACCAAAACAAUCAGAAUUCGGGGACGCGAUUAACACCCAUUGAUGACGACUUCCACUACUCAAGAUGUCGUCUCCGGCGCACAUUUCAAGGAUCUCGCCAUUAAACUCUUCGGCCGGACCAUCCCCUUGCCGGAAUCCCAGAUUUCCUCCGCCGUCGCUCUCCGCAAUCUGGAUGCUUGCAACACUUUGAAAAAAGCUGAGGAGUCUGUGUUGGUGGGUGCAGAAGACUCUUGCCCGUCGGAGAGGUCUUCGGUUUUGGGAGGCGAUAAUGAAGAAAACCAAGCUUCGAAUGGGAACAAUGAAGAAUUGGAUCCCCAUUCGAAAGAGGAGCAGGCGGAUGGUAACAGCACGGAGCAAGAGAGAGUUUUCAAGAAGCCAGACAAAAUCAUUCCUUGUCCAAGAUGUAACAGUUUGGAAACGAAAUUCUGUUACUUCAACAACUACAAUGUCAAUCAACCUAGGCACUUUUGCAAGAACUGCCAAAGAUAUUGGACUGCUGGUGGGACGAUGAGAAACGUUCCUAUCGGUGCUGGACGACGAAGGAACAAGCAGUUAGCGUCUCAGUAUCGACAGAUAAUAGUAUCAUCUGAGGGAGUUGCAACCACCCGGUUGGAAACAUCGGAUACGACCAAUCACCAUCAGCUGCUUUCGGGCAUCGAGUCUCCUCCUAGUUUGAGGCCUUCAACUGGAAAUGGUACUGUCCUAAAGUUUGGACCUGAAGCACCACUCUGUGAAUCUAUGGAGACUGUGCUCAGUCUUGGAGACCAGAAGAGAUCCAUUGAGAUUGGCUCUGCAUAUUGCAGAGAUAGUCCAGAAGAACCAUCCUCCUGCGGAUCUUCCAUGACAACAACUAGUAUACGUGGAAACGAAUUGCCCAAAAGCGUUGUCGAGAGGGAGGCAGUGAGAUUGUCUGGUUCGAGUAGCGAGAUCGCUGCAUCAAAUACCGUUCAUUGUUACUCCGUUCCACAAUUGGUUUUUCCAUUGAAUCAGGGCAGCAACGGCGUAGUUUCAUCAGCAAUGGCACAGAGUUCGGAUAGCACGAGUGUACCGAAUACUAGCCCUCACCCCAAUCCAGUUCAGUGGCUCCCUGCAACAAUGCUGGCUGUUCCAGGCUUUUGCACCCCGAGUCUUCCGUUGCAAUUCGUGCCAGCUUCGUGCUGGGGUUGUACGCCCGUGUGGACUGCAACCGGUGCCACAAAUUUAACUGUUGUUCCUUCUGAUGUUUGUGCAUCUCAAACAUCCCCAGCCACCAUUGGCAGCUGCCCCACGAGCUCGUCGCCUACGCUCGGAAAGCAUUCAAGAGAUGCAAACAGCCUAACAGAAGAAGAACAGAAGUCAGAGAAAUGCGUUGUGGUUCCAAAGACAUUACGAGUCGAUAACCCGAGCGAGGCUUCGAGGAGUCCUAUAUGGGCAACAUUCGGAAUUCGUCCAUACCCGAAGGAAACCAUUUCGAAAGGUACUGUUUUUGAAACUUCAGAAACUAAUGCAGAUGGCAAAGGCCAUUUUAGAGAAGCUCCUCAUAUCUUGGAAGCUAAAACUGGAAGCUUUUAUUCGCUUUUAUAGGGUUUUGCAUCAGAGCACAUAAAUUGUAUUUUUUUUUUUUUUUUUGAACUGUCUUAAAGCUGUUUAUAUAUCUGUGAAAGCUUUGCCAGAAAUUUGGUACAUAGGCUUUAUGUUUUUUGUUCCCCAGUUUAGUUUUAUUAUCAAUCUUACAUUUCUCCCUGAGG